AUGGCACCUACACAACAACCGAUUGUAGAGGAGCGAAGCUCUUCGGACACUACAGCUUCGUCAAUCAAAAGCCCUCGGAUGGCUCGCUUUGUGGAAGCAACGACGGUGCAAUCCCCCACUGGCCCUGCUGACACCAGGCAGUCACCGUUCGCAGACCCUCCCGGUCAGUCCCAGACACCCCCUGAUGUGUCCGACGUUGGCUUUGGAUAUGUUGCUGCAAAUGAUCCAGUGCAGCAUGCAUCCCAUCACCAACUACCAGCUUCACCACUCAAAAGUGCUCUAAAGGUCCCCGGAACACCUGGACGCACACUAAAUCCACUCAGCCCAACGUUUCGUGAAGAGUUUUAUGUGGAGAAGGAAGAGAAGUCUGCAGAGAAGGAGAAUGCUAGAGAUCUGCGAAUUAAACUCCGCGUCCGAGUGGCUAAGAUGUUCUUGCGUUUCGUGAAUUUUGGCUGCAGUCUGAUAGUGGUCACAAUCUUAGCAUUGACUCUGUUCGUCUUCCAUUCCACUAAAUCACUGCCUUCUAGGGGGGGGUUCCCUGCCUGGGCCAAUGGCACCAAUCCGUGGACUCAGUAUUUGCUCCUUUCAGUGGCAUGCAUCUCGUUGUUUGCUUGCCUUAUCGUAUUUUGGGGCUACUGGAAGGGCGGCCACAAGCGUGCUGAAAAGCUCACAGUUUACUAUCAAACAAUUGCAGUGUGCUUCUUCAUGUUCAGCCUUGUAAUGUGGAUUGUCGCAGCAGCGCUUUACCAGAAUGAAAAAGCCAAUGGAAACAGCCAGGACCUUUGGGGUUGGUCCUGCAAGAAGAACACAAGGGAAACAUUAUUUCAUAACGAUAUUGACUAUGCCCUCCUUUGUCGGUUGCAGGACUGGGGCUUGGUGUGCGCUAUUAUUGAAGUUGUCCUCGAGGUUCUGGUCAUCCUUAUCUAUGCGGUUGUGUUCUAUCGGUUCUGGACCAAGAGACGUCUUAUGAAGUCGAUGGACCGUCGUGACAAGGCUAGAUCCGAUCUGUACCUUGCCCAGCUCCGUCUUCAGUCAGCGCCCAAUACACCUGGAUUUCCGCUCGCCCAAAAGACGCCUAUAAUAUCUACGACUGUUCCGCAAGAUCCCUAUUCAAUUGCUGAGAACGGCGAAUCAUGCUCCACCCAGUUUGCCACGCCUCGGUCUCCAACAAAGCCCCAGCCGACCUUCCAGUUGCAAGCACCUCCAAUCCGUGUACAACAAGCGACUCCUAAGACGGAUCAGAGGGAAUUCUUUGGCCCUAGUUCCGUUCCUACUGCUCUUGGGCCGGCAGCAAAUGUUAACCAACACAUGACUGCUGCGCCUGGCGAACGGACCUACGAUGCUGUGCCUAUUCCAAUGGCGUAUUCAAGUCCAAUGUCGCCCACGUUCCCUCAUGCCUCCCAUUAA